AUGGCCGUCACCUCUCUUCCAACCCCUUUCAAUGGCAUCCUUCCUUCCAGCAGCUCCGGUAGCUCUAUAAAAAAAACCUAUCAAAGCAGUCUCCAAGCCAUGCUUUGGCUGUGA